UUAUCUCUCUUAAAACUUUAUCUGCAGCUAGCAUCACCAUACUCCUCCCAUUUUUCUGAACAUAUAUAGCUUCAAAGAGGUUAAUAAUUAGCUGCAAAAACUAUGUCAAGCCUAUCUACAGGUGGAGAGAGCUUCUCUUCAGGGAGUACAAGAGAGGAUGGAGUAAAGCAGCAAGGCCAAAGACAGCCACAAAAUCAAUCAUAUGAACCCUCAGUUCCCACAGAGGUCAAGAACAGUAAGCAACAGGCCUCAACUCUUCCUGUCAAGAAGAGAAGAAAUCACCCUGGCACUCCAGACCCAACAGCAGAGGUAAUCGCUUUAUCUCCAAAAACCUUAAUGACGAGGAACCGCUUCAUUUGCGAGAUAUGUAACAAAGGCUUUCAAAGGGACCAGAACCUCCAGCUCCAUCGCCGAGGUCAUAACCUGCCAUGGAAGCUCAAGCAGAGAACAAACAUUGAGACACGGAAAAGAGUAUACAUAUGCCCAGAAGUCACAUGUGUUCACCAUGAUCCAAGCAGAGCACUGGGAGAUCUCACUGGCAUCAAGAAGCACUUCUUCAGAAAACACGGCGAAAAGAAAUGGGAAUGUGAGAAAUGCUCGAAAAAGUAUGCAGUGCAAUCUGAUUUGAAGGCUCACUCCAAGACUUGCGGCACUAGGGAGUACAAAUGUGAUUGUGGCACCAUCUUCUCUAGGAGGGACAGCUUCGUCUCGCAUAGAGCCUUCUGUGAUGCACUUGAAGAGGACAAUAUCAGAGUCGACGAAGGCUUAAGGGACUCAAAAACAAGAAACUUUAAAGGCGAAAACCCCCAGUUAAUCAUGCCAGUCUCUGGUAACAACACUAGCAUGAUCAAGUCUUCUUUUGCUCAAGACUUCAUCCCAAUGCCUAUCAAGUCAAUGAGAAUGGCUGAUGUUGGCAUGUUCUCAAGCAACUCCGGCCCUGUCUUCGGCCUAAUUCGUAGCAUCCCAUCGUCGCCGGCUUCCCUCCAACUCUCUCAUGAUAGUCCUGGAGGCUCAUCAGCGCACAUGUCAGCAACUGUGCUCCUCCAGAAGGCAACCCAAAUGGGAGUCACUUCCAGUUGUAGUAUAAACUCUACCAUGAUGCAGCAAAGUUUUAUCCCCAACAUGAGAUCAUUUGGGCAAUUGCAACAGACUCAAAUGGUGGGCAUUGAUGAAGGAGGCCAUGCAACGUUGAAGAAUAUUAAUGGUGAUGGUAAUACAACUGCUGUAGAUUUCUUGGGUAUUGAUGGGCAGAGGGCUUUGGUAGGUCUCCAUGAAAAGGAGUUUGAGACAAUUAGCCAACAGAUGCUGCAAAGCUUGCAUGCUUUUCAUCAGCCAAUGGCACAUGGACAUGCUGCAAUUGGGAAACCAAUGUGGGAUGUUUGAGUUUGUGAGUAUAAUUAAGAACAUUAAUGAAGUGUUUUUCACUUCAUCAGAGGAGGUUUUCUCUCUAUAUGUUGAAUUAAUUAGUGAUCAAGUUCAAGCCAAUUAUAAGGAUUGAAGACUUUGGGUUUUAGAAUGUAUUAAAAGCAGUGAAAAACAGUUGAG